GUUGGAUCCAUCGACGGUGUGGAAUCGGCAUGGUGAACUUCGGUGUCAAGCAUCGCAAGGCGGGAAAGCCAGAGAUGGCCGCGAUAUCGUGGCGAUGGGUUGCAGUCCCGAUCUUGGUGGGCAUCGUGGCACUUGCAUGGCUGCAUGCGUUUGAAGCGCCAGUCCCGACAACGGAGAUGCACCUGCGAUCGUUUGAAUCGUGGAUUCGUCAGCACGGGGGCCGCAUUGGAGACGUGCAGCUCGCGGUGUACCCUGGAAUGGGCAUUGGAGUCCAAGCGACAAACGAUAUCGACGAGAUGGACGAAGUGCUGUACUUGCCUCGUGAGCUUGUCAUUUGCCGCGACACCAUGACAAAGCACCUUCCACGUGGUUUUCUGCAUGCCGGUCCUCAUGCAGAUGACGAUCUGCUUGCUGCGUUCUUGCUGCUUGAGCGCUUGAAAGGCCCUGCGUCGAAAUGGGCCCCUUAUCUCGCAGUCUUGCCCAAGGCCAUUCCAUCCCCCAUGACGUUUACCACGGACGAAGUACUUGCGCUUCAAGAUGCCGGUCUCAUCCAGUCCAUCUUCGACGCCAAGAAGGAGACGGCCGCGGCAUUCACAGCGCUAGCCAAAAAACUGUCCAGCAUCUUGAAGAAGCGCAAAGCGGGCUUGACUUUGGAUGACUACAUUUGGGCUCGAGCCGUGCUCGAUUCCCGAGCCCUUACAAUCCAAGGCACUCGGUAUCUCGUGCCAUUUGCGGACAUGUUCAAUGGCCAGGCCCAUCCCACGACGCGACCGGCCAACAACGGCGCUCGAUUCCUGGAAUUCCACCAGGUCUCCCCCGACGGCGUCCGCAUCCUGGCCGACCGGAGCUGUGCCAAAAACGACCAACUCGUCGAAGAUUACGGCGACAACGACAACUACAUCUAUCUGGUGCACCACGGGUUUACCAUGUCGGCAAACCCGUUCGACUGCGUCCGCCUGGCGCUACCAUCGCCGCUGUCGCCGUCCGCAGCGCACUUGCUUGCGUCGUUUGGCGUGCCGUCGUCUACGUCCAUUUGCGUCCAGCCGAGUGGAGUAACGACGGAUGUCGUCGGGUGGGCGAUUCUUCAAGCACACGUCAUGGACGACGCCGACGUCGCUGCGUGUGCGAAAUCGAGAGAUUGCCUCGACUUUUCGUCGGGCAAUGUCAUGUCGAUCGAAAACGUGGCCCGGUGGGUGCGUUCGCGAGCCGUCAGCACCCUCAUGGCGCUGGACACGUCAGCCGACGAUGACAAGCACGUCUUGGCUGUCCAUGCGACGUCGCUGUCGCCAGCGAUGCUGUUGGUCGUGACCUUUCGCCUUCAACGAAAGCUUCUCCUUCAAGAUUUGGUGGCGUCCUUGUCGCCGUUUCCCUCGGUCCAUCUCGACGCCAGUGCGGUCGACGCAGUGCCCGCCGCCACGACUGCCGACCACCCGUCGUCUGCACAAGACAAGGUCGCGCGCUUUCACGCGUGGCUUGCCCACUCGUCUUUGAUCAAUAAACUCCGCGUCGAGUAUAUUGGCCACGGGAUGGGAUAUGGAACGUUUGCUACGCAAGCCAUUGCUGCGGACGACAUUUACUUGGCGGUUCCAACAGCCCUCGUCAUGGACACGGCGUCUGCGAUGCACACCGCCGACCUCGCCGCGGUGUUUCGACAUCUCGAGCGAACGUCCGGCCACCGCGACAAGAUGCACGAACUGCUGCUCCACGUCAUGCACGAAGCAUUUGUCCGCCGCGACGCGUCUGCCUAUGCGCCAUACUUGGCCAUGCUUCCGUCGUUGGAGGACGGCGCGGUGCCGUUGACGUACUCGAAGGCCCAAGUUGGCGUCCUCGAAGCCGUCGACUUGCAUCGGGCCGUGCUAGCGUACCAGCACCAAGUUGAACGAUCGUAUCGAGCGAUGCAGCGGGUCGUGUUUGCAAAAUUUCCAAAGAUCUUCCCGCCCGCGGUCUUCACAUGGGAGCGGUAUCGAUGGGCUCGAUUCAUCCUGGACACGCGCAGUAUUUGGUGGCAUGGCGAACGACAUUUGGUCCCCAUGCUCGACAUGGUCAACUGCAAGGAAGGCCCGACGAACGAAGCCCCCGCUCGAGUCCACACGACGACGCUGUCGGAGGACGGUCGGACGGCCGUCACGAAAGCAGCAUGGGCAUUUCCCGAAAACGCGCAAGUGCUUGAAAACUAUGGCCAGCCCAACUGGAUCUACUUGCUGUACCAUGGCUUUGUCUUGCCUGUGAACAGCCACGACUGUGUGCACAUUCGGCUCGAUUUAGAAACCCCUUUGCAAACACUCGAGCCCGACUCGGCGCUGUACCAGGCGUCCAUGGCGAAGGUGCGCCAAGCAGGCCUCACGUCGCUGCAUCCUGACUUUUGUCUGUCCAAUACACCCGUCCCGAAGCAAGCGCUUCUCACCGCGGCACUGUACGUGGAGCUGCAAACGAUGACGGAUGCUUCGUUCGGCAUCACGGACGAGGGGGAUGCAGCCACGGCGCGCGAGAUGAAGGCGCUGCGUUUGGUCUUGCAGAAGCGUCGCGACGCUCUCUCGUCGACGGAGAUCCCUUCGUCCGUGGCGAAGGUUGAGGUCAUGCGCGCAUAUAUGGAGCAGCAGCACCUCCUCCUUGCACGCCUCAUCGACACCCUCGACACGAAGUUGAACGAGCCGCUCAUGUAACGCGGUUCAAAUGUCCAUCGCGAAGUCCGGAUAAUGGAGAGCAACGUUAUCCGUAUGUUUUAUUGUUCCACGCGGCAUUUCGCAACGGAACAUGACGUACGUGUCUGGGGGACAAGUGAUCGAGAAGCGGUCGUGGCUGCGGCUGUCCAUCGUACCAGAUAUGUUCUGGGGCAUACUUGGCAUCUUCCAGCUCUUCUUCUCAACGUUUUUUGGCGGAGUACGACGACAUCGCAUCAUCUUCGAGCUAGUACGUCAUGGUUACAUGUAUUGAUGGGCGUUUUAGGAAGCACCCAAAUCGAAUCAUCGCUCGUCCGCACGACGAGGUGGUGGUGGCGGUGGAUCUGGCGGUGGAGGGGGUCCCGGUGGACCGAGACGUCCCAUCGGUCGCCUGCAACCAGCGACCUGCGUCCCAGCUGGAGGGUCAUGAGGUUAAGCAUCCAUGUGGUUGCGACUGAAUGGUCCAUCACGCGACAUCCCGUCGCAACGCACAUGAUGCGCCUCGUGCUAAAGUGGCGCGAGGAAUGACCCAUCUACCCAAGCAUCAUCGACUUAUCAGCAUGACUUUGCGGCACGCAACCCCAUAUUGCGGAAGUGCCACAGACGACAACGAUAACGAUUUCGAUGGUGCCACCCACCCAUGCUCUCUUCUUCCGCUAGUUGAUUUCAUUUUAACCUGAGCAUUGCAUUGGCAACAUGCUGGAAUUCCACGCUCCAAGGAACAUGUAGGAUAUUUCUACUGAUAGUUUUUAAAAUGCACACAAUAUUUAAUACCUAUUUUUCAAUACUC